GGUCGAAUGUCUCUAGUGGUCACCCCAGGCACCUUUCCUCCCAACCUCGUUUUCCAGAAGGACGAAGGAUAGGGAAGCGACGUCCUAGCUCGCGUAUUUAAACCGGGCAGAGGGUCAGCGGUCAGCACAGGUCCGCGUUUCUCAACAUUUUCCAAGAGCACCUCGCGUCCCGAAUCGGCGCCUUCAACUCGGAGAAGUCGGGAGCCCCACAGGAAACUUCCAUUACUGCAGACGCUGCCACACACCCCGGGCAGCGGAUGGGCUGCCGCGCUGGCUCCCCAGGAAUGCGCUCCCUCCACGGCCGGCCGCCCCGCCGGCCCGCCCUCUCCCGGGGACCCCCCGGCACCUGCGGCCUCCGAAACCAUGUCGGGCAGGUCGGUUCGAGCCGAGACCAGGAGCCGGGCCAAAGAUGAUAUCAAGAGGGUCAUGGCGGCUAUCGAGAAAGUGCGCAAAUGGGAGAAGAAGUGGGUGACUGUGGGUGACACAUCCCUGCGAAUCUACAAGUGGGUCCCUGUGACGGAGCCAAAGGUUGACGAUAAAAACAAGAACAAGAAAAAGGGCAAAGAUGAGAAGUGUGGCUCAGAGGUGACCACGCCGGAGAAUAGCUCCUCCCCGGGAAUGAUGGACAUGCACGACGAUAACAGCAACCAGAGCUCCAUUGCAGACGCCUCCCCCAUCAAGCAGGAGAACAGCAGCAACUCCAGCCCCGCUCCCGAGCCCAACUCGGCCGCGCCCGGUGAUGGCACCGACGCCAAGGCGGACGAGGCCCAGGCCGAUGGGAAGGAGCUCCCCGGGGCCGAAGAUGCUUCUGACGAGCAGAAUUCACAGUCUUCAAUGGAAAACUCGAUGAACAGUUCAGAGCAAGUAGAACGGCAGCCAUCUGGAGAUGUGGGUCUGGCUGCAGAGACAUCCACAAUCUCUCAGGUACCUCGGUCGAGGUCUCAGAGGGGCAGCCAGAUCGGCCAGGAGCCCGUUGGGGUGUCGGGGGAUCUGGAAGGAGUGCCACCCUCCAAAAAGAUGAAACUGGAGGCGUCGCAACAAAACUCCGAGGAGAUGUAGACACCGAGUUCAGUCCUCUGAUCCACUUCUCACGGGAGAUGCAUCAGCAGGCUUAAUUCUAGAACAACCUCACCCAAGCGGAUCCCUGUUGGGUGCGAAGGGAACUACUAACUUUUCAAGUUUACCAAGUGCAAAUCCAAGAAAACCUAGAACGGCGUAACUUCUCAGACACUGAAGAACUUUCUGCUGUGAAGCAAAACACUCGAAUCUUGAAGUGACUGUCCUGGGGACGGCGGGGUCAACAGCUCAGGGGCGUCUGCACACUGUCUCUGAAGCCAAGAUUACGUUUGUGUUGCUGCUGUAUUGUUUUUUUUUUUUUUUUUUCCCACUUCUCUAUUUAACGAUGUAAGCUAUUUGAGGGUGGUACCGAUCAGGAAUUCGCUUUUUCAUCCGGGCUUUUCACUGUUCAACUGAUUCCUUCCACUUUCUUUUUUUGUGCCUUGUGCCCUUGAGGUGACCUCUGGCAUGUUUUCCUGGUUGUUUUGCAUCUCCCCUUGCAAGUGCCCUCUUGGUUCAGUUCAGGCAGCCAUUGCCCCGGUCCUCACAUCUCUCUCCUCCCUGCCCCAGGACUUCAGCUGGAGCGGACCAGGCAGGGAGAAGGAGAGCCUGAGGCUGCAGAAGAGCAGGAUCUCCCCGGCAGCCUGACUUCUGGUCCAGGCGGCUGAGGGACACACCCUGAGCCCCAGGUGGGGACAGCACCAGCCUCCAGGGUCCGAGGAGUCUUCAAUGUCUGGGCACUGUCCCCAAGGGCUUCCACAGAGCCCUUCGAUUGUCCUGGCACUUCCCACUCUGCUGCCACCACACCGCGUUCUCCCACACCUCCCAAGACGGACUGGCUUCUGCCGCUGACUGCAGGAUUGUCUCCUUAAGACGAUAAAGGGGCGGAGGAGGCUGGGAGCAGACGGCAGGAAUAGCUGGUGCUGAACUUUCUCUCAUAGGACGUCGCUUGGAUUUCAAAUCCACAGUCACCUGCUGCCCUCUGCUCGCCGCCCUCCCCCCCAGCUCCACCCGUCCCCACCUCCACCCGUCCCCACCUGCAGAGGAGGCGAGGUUGCAGUCGGCCAAAAUCCAAAAUCCGCUUGCUUCUACAUACCGUUCCGACUCCCAGAGCCAACAGUUGGAUCGUGUCUCAUUCCCGGGUGCGCCGACGCUCCCAGACGCUGCCACGGGGGAGCGGGCCUUGAGGGUUGGACCUCGAAGGCCAGAAACGAGGCACCGAGGAACUGGAGAGCUUUGCACUCCUCCAGAAAGGGGCAGCCGGGUCCCUCCUCCGCCUCCAUCCCCUGCCUGCACUGGGACAGCUUCCUCUCACUAAAAUGGAGAUGCCCCCCCCCCGCGCCCCCCGCCCCUUGGACAAACUGCCUAAUUGUUUGGUUCUGAGGCCUGGUUUGCUCUUAAUUCCUAUACGGACUCCUCAGACCUUAACCCUUUUCCUGAGCUUUCUUUACUGCACUGGAGUUCCAACUCCCUUUGAGUUGUAUGGUGGGGAGGGAGGGUUCCGGGUUUCAUUGGUUGUUUUAUUCUUUUUUUCUGUUUGUUUGUUUUUGUUUUGGCUAAUUGGUGCAUAUUCAGGUACCACCUUUUUCACAUGUGGAUCUCUCUCCUGACCACCAUGGGGAGUGUCUGCCAGAUUCCAUUUUCUAAGAGUGUCUGAGGGUGAGGCUCUUAUUUGUUUUUUAAGGGAGCCAAUCUAUUUCCUGCACUUCAAGAAGAAUCAAAAUGUUCCUGAAUUUCAAAUACCUCAUGCAAAAAUGUCUCCUGAAACAAGGGAAGAAAAAAAAAAAAAACGCGAACUUUGAAAAUCUUAAUGUUGAAGUUAGCGAUGCCGAAAGGUUUCUGUCUUAAAAAAAAAAAAUCCUUAUCAAUUUCACCCCUCAGGCAGGCAGUUCUGCGGAGAACUGUGUCCUGCGUUACCUCUCCGCGUAUCUCAAGGCGGCUUUACCUCCAGACCCUAUAGAGUUAGAGUUAACUUUUUCCUUUGCAGCAAAACUCCAUUUGGAUGAAAGAUGAAUUUGGAUAUUUAUUUCCUCUUCUUUUUUGGGAAACGAGAGGUUACAAGCAAGACAGCUGAAGGAGAAUCACACACACGCAUCCGUGGAAACAGCAGGGUCCUCUCGACAGGCAAGGGGAGUGGACACGGUUGAGGAUGAACGAAGAGGACACCCAGGAUACGAGGCUGUCAUUAGUUUUUCUCUGAAGUGCCUGAAGGUAGGAAUGGGCCGGGGGUCGGGACCGACGGGGCCCCGCCACGGCCAUGCCAGGCAGAGCGCCAGCGGCCCUGCACUCCAUCCACGCCGGCCGGGAAGGCCUUCCACGCGGGAUGAUGAGACUGCAAAAAUCCAGACGUGCUUCCUUCCCCGACGCGGCUCGCUCCUCAGAGCUGCCCUUCCCCACCCCUCGCCCCCAGUCCCACCACAGAAUCUAAGACCUUUCAGCCGGCGAGCCAGAGGCGGGGGUCCUAAGCGAAUGCCUUCCGCGGACACCAGGCCCCGCGGCCUAAAGGGCUCCCGGGGCAAACUUACUCCCCGAAAAACUUGAAGUUGGGGAUGCUGCAUACACAUUCCACAAAGUGCUGGCACUUACCCCCAUAACCCGAAGGCGGUAGACCGACUCAUAGGGUGGUGACCUCCCAUUACCAACGAUGUCAUGGUUUGGAAUGUUCAUUAUCAGCCAAGGACCUGCUUAGAGGUAUAAAGACCUUUUUUCACUGUUACCUAAUUUUUUUUUUUCCUUAACGAUUUUUUGUUUUUGGUGUGUUGUACAGCAGUAUAAUUUUUCACUUAUUUAUUCCAUCAGUAGAUAUGGUUUGUACAAUGUACAAUGGUUCCAUUUCAGAAAAUAAAAACUCAAAUCAUGAACACCA